AUGGCCACUUCGCCCUCGGUCCCCAUCCGCAAGCUGUGCAUCGGGUUUGGACUCGCCUACUUCGCUCUCCUCGUCCUCUUCCUCGGCCUGUACCGCGGCGCCCUCUCCGACCGCGACUUCGCGAUCGCCAACUGCAAGGUCGCUGUCGCCCAGCGCGACGUGGCGCUCGCCCGCGUCGCCGACGUCCUCGGCAGCGCCGCUCAAGUCGACCGCGCGAGCAUGGACUCGGAGCGCCUGCCCGUCGAGGGCGUCGCCAAGGAGACCAAGGUCGAGGGCCUGCCGUCGCUCCAGUCGGGCGUCCAGGUGGCGCAGCGCGUGUGGGCGUCCCUCGGCGGGUCGCACACGGACGACAAGUCGCAGGUCGUCGCCGAGAUCGUCGAAGAGGCUGUUGGCUGGCGCGUCCCCUCGUCCCUCAAGAAUGCGCUCCUCGCCGUCCGCAACACCUGCAUGGUCGUCUUCGUCUGCCUCCUCCUCCAGCUCGUCCUCUUUUACCUCGGGUCUCGCCACGUUUCCAACCUGUCGCUGCAAGGUGCCGUCGACUUCAAAAAGUUCGCCGACAAGGUGACGAUGUGGGGCGACGCAACUGCACUUCUCGGCAUGGCGGUGGCCAUCGUCACGGUUUACGUGUACGUGUCGAGGCGUUAG